AAUCAAUCGACCAAUUUCUCAUCCUUGGAAACCCUAGUUCCGACGCCAUAUAGCUUAUUCCUUUGGCUAUUCUCUUCAGUUUUCCGUUCGAUUUUCUUCGAGAUUCAACAGAUUAUCCGAUGAGUUCAUCGUGAGCGAAGAUGAAUUGGCGUUUUCCGGUAGAGAAAUAGAGAAAAUCUCUCUCCACGGCUUUCUUCCGUCGAAGAAUUUGCGGUCGCUUUUCGCCGAUUGGAUAAAAUUCAGUCGAUCCGAAAUAAGCUGACGGUUUACAGCUCAGCAUCAGCUAAGAGAGACGUCCAGAGUGCAAAAGAAGCCGAUUUUUGUGCUAUUUGAUAGAUCCGAUCGAGAUCGUCGCAGUCGAAGGAGUAGCAUAGCAGCGAUUUAUUAAAUUUUUGUUAAUAAGCCCUAAACUACUGCUUCUGAGUGAAGCUUUGAGGAUUAAUUUCGUCACGGAAGGAUGUUCAACUGAUCUGUUGAAGGAAUUUGGUUUGACUGAUUUUAUCUUGAGUUAUUGAAGAGAAGUUGUGAGAUAGAAAAAAAGAGAGCUGUUUUUAGUUUUUUUGUACUUUAUAUAUCAGUUUUAUUUUAGUUCAAUAUCAGGCCUAUUAUAAUUUUUUUGAUUUUGGCCUUUUUGUUGUUGUUGUUAUUGAUUUGUUUGAGGAAAAAAAGGAAUUUUAAGGAAAAAAAAGAGUUAUGGCAGUUUAUUUUAAGUUUAAAAGUGCAAAAGAUUAUGAUUCAAUAGCAAUUGACGGUCACUUUAUUACUGUUGGGAAUUUGAAAGAAAAAAUAUUUGAAUCCAAGCAUCUAGGCAGGGGUACAGAUUUUGACCUCGUUGUCACCAACGCCCAGUCUAACGAAGAAUAUCUUGAUGAGGACACCUUGAUCCCCAAAAAUACUAGUGUUUUGAUUCGUCGUGUUCCUGGACGACCUCGCAUGCCCAUAGUAACUGCACCUGUAGCAGAACCAGACGAGCCCAAAGUAGAAUACCAAUCUGAGGAGGCUCAAACAGUAAAAAGUAGUUAUCUGGGAGGGGAGUCAUCUGCCACCAAAUAUCCUGAAGAUCUAGAUUGGGAUGAAUUUGGGAAUGAUUUGUACGCUAUUCCUGAAGCAACGCCAGUUCAGUCAAGCAACCAAGUGCAGGAUGCUCCUCCUCCAAGCAAAGCUGACGAGGAGAGUAAGAUCAAAGCUUUAAUUGACACUCCAGCGUUGGAUUGGCAGAGUCAACCCUCUGAUGGCUUUGGUGCUGGUAGAGGUUAUGGACGAGGUCCAGGUGGAAGAAUGAUGGGUGGACGUGGUGGACGAGGCUUUGGUUGGGGUGGAUUGGAACGGAAAACACCACCACCGGGCUAUGUAUGCCAUCGUUGUAAGGUGCCUGGGCAUUUCAUCCAGCACUGCCCAACAAAUGGUGACCCAAAUUAUGACAUUAAGAAAGUGAAACCUCCAACUGGCAUUCCAAAGUCCAUGUUGAUGGCAACCCCAGAUGGUUCAUAUGCUUUACCAAGUGGUGCUGUUGCAGUUUUAAAGCCCAAUGAGGCUGCUUUUGAUAGAGAAGUUGAAGGGAUGCCUUCUAUACGCUCCGUUGGUGAUCUUCCACCAGAACUUCAUUGUCCCUUGUGUAAAGAAGUAAUGAAAGAUGCGGUGCUAACAAGCAAGUGUUGUUUUACGAGUUUCUGCGAUAAAUGCAUAAGGGAUUAUAUCAUCUCAAAGUUGAUGUGCAUCUGUGGGGCCACAAGUAUACUUGCUGAUGACCUGUUGCCUAACAAGACUUUGAGGGAUACAAUAAAUAGAAUACUGGAAUCAAAUAAUAGCAGUGCAGAGCAUGGGGGUAGUGCUCUUCAAGUUCAAGAUAUGGAGUCAGCACGCAAUCUCCCACCUAAGAUUCCAUCUCCUUCACAAUCUGCAGCUUCAAGGGGAGAGCUGUUGCCACCACCUUCUCAUAAGGAGGAAACUUCUAAAGUCCAGGAGACUGCUGAGGAGGGUAAGAAUGGCAGUGCACCACAGCAAAUGGUGGAGAGAGGCAGGACUUCGAAGGUUGCAGAUAUUUCUGAAGCCACACAUGAGUCAGUUAGUGUUAAAGAACCUGCAUCCCAGGGAAGUGCUCCAUUGGCUGAUGAAGAAGUUCAACAAAAGCAUGUAGCUGCGGAGGCAGCAAAGAAAAAGAAGAAGAAGAAAGCACGCCUGCCAUUGAACCCUGCUGUUGCGGAGAUGCAGUGGAGAGCUGCUCAAGAUCAUCUCGCUGCUGAGAAUUACAUGAUGUCCAUGGGUCCUUCUGCGUAUAAUAAUCCUUAUUGGACAGGCAUGCAACCUGGACUAGAUGGGUUUGCAGCCCCUUAUCAUGGUGCCAUGCCGUACAAUCCUUAUGGGUUUGGCCCUCUAGAUGUUCCAUUUGUCCCUCCUGUCUUACCACAAGAUCCAUUUGGUGGACAAGGUUUUAUGUUGCCUUUCGGUCCUCCAAUGCAGAGGGAUCUUGCAGCAGAGUUUGGGAUGGGAUUUAAUGCUGGCCCACCAAUCAUGAGCAGAGAAGAGUUCGAGGCUAGAAAGGCUGAUCUGAAAAGGAAGCGUGAGAUCGAGAGACGGGGAGAGAGGGAGUUCUCUAAAGACAGGGAACAUGCAAGGGAAGUUGGCAGCGGUGCUGAUGGUCCUUCCNAAAAAAAGCAGUCUCAGAGAUUGAAUUUCUAG